AUUUAUAUAAACCGGUAUAAUUUUGACAAUAUUUUACCUUCACUACUAAAAGGAAAAUAAAUAGUUGACCAAUUUUUAGGUUUUAAGAAAACAUUGAUAAUCGAUUUUUUGUUUUUCGUUUUAAGAAAAAUAUUGUUUUCUCUGGAUUUUUUCGUCCUCAAUUAAAAAGUUAUUUUAAAAUUCUGUCAAGUAGGAGUACCUUUAAUCACUAAUUCUAGGCGACAAAAUGUUUCAAUCCUUAAAAAAAGAGGUUGCUGCUAAUGCUGGUCUACCUGGAUCGGGAAUUGACCUUUAUCUCUCAUAUGAUAAAAAGUUUAUUGACUUGUGGAAAAAAAUGGUUGAUGCCAAGGCACAAAGUAUAAAAAAAAUGAUGAAGUGGGCAAUGCAAGAAGAUUGUAAAGUACUUCAAGCAAUGUUUACCAGAAUUGCUGGUCUAGAGAGUCUGUGGGUCACACUGCAGAGACAUUGUAUUUCUCAGUAUGAAGCGCAGAAAGUUAAUUUUAAGGAUGUAAUAGAAGGAGAAAAAACUUUAGAUAUAAAGCGAAUAGAAGCCAAAACCUUAGAAACUAAAGUGAAUAAACUACUACAAAAAAUUGAAAAUAAAAAGAGCAAUGACAAAAGAGAGACCACUCUGCAACAGUUGAUGCUUGACCAAGAGAAACAUACCGACGAAUAUUUCAUACUACUAGAUAAUCACAAUGUUUUUAAAAUGUCUAAAUUUCAAAAAAUUGUAUCAUCUAGAACAGAGACUUUUAAAAGAAGUUAUUCUGAUUGUUUAAAAUUAUGCGAUUCUCAAAAGGAAAUAGUUGAUAUUUUCCUCAGUGGAAAUUUGUCAAACUUGGAUCCUACUUCAAUAUCUCACGACAAAAUCCACCUUAGUGCUUGUGUUGUUACGUCAGUAAGUCAAGCUAUAGGAUUGGGGAAUAUUUCUCAAGGAUCGUUCAUUGGAGACAACUAUCAGGCUAAACAACAAUGGCUGGAGGAAAUAGGUGCGGAAGAGGAGAAUGACGUUUAUGGUACCCUAGUAAGAGAUUUGGACGCUGUGUUUGCCAGCGCAAUUUACAAUCCGAUACCGGAAGAUGAUCAGAAUCAAUCAGGAGGAAGUACCCCAGCGUCAGAUCGAAAUUAUGAUCGUAUUUCGUCUCAUACAUCACUUGGAAAAACUACUUCACUGCAGAGCAACCUCACAAAUAGUACAUCUGAAGAUGGAGACUACUCCUACGUAGAUGAUCACGAAUAUUCGGUCGUCGACAAUGACUCGGAUGAAGAAUAUACCCAAGACACACCUACUAGAGAGCCAUUGCAUAAGAACUACAACACAGAUACGGAUUAUGAAAAUGUUGAACCACCUGCAAAACCUGCUCCAAGACGAUCCGUUAAAAGAACAGAAUCGGAUUAUUUAAAUAUUUGUGAAGAUGAGCCCCCGCAGUUGAUGCCUAAACCUAAAACAGACAUGCCAGAGCAGAAAAGUGAAAGGAGAACGUUAGUUUCAGAAAUGGCUAAAAAGUAUGACAACUCUAUUAUUAAACCUGCAAGAAGAAAAUAG